AUGACUUGCUUUCAGAAACGACUCUCUCCCAAAUCAUCAAAUCAUGGCCGUGAUGAUCAUCAACAACAGAAUCUGGCAUCCAAAAGAGUGAAAUCCGAUGAAGAAGAAACCAUUGACACCUCCGAUGAAGAAAAUGAUGAUGAAAUGGAAUCCGAUGAUGAGACUCAAAUCAACUCAAAGGCUCAUCAAGUCGAUGUCAUUCUCAAAGUAACUUCUAGAACUAUCACAUUAUUCAACAAGGCAAACAAAGUCAUUUCCAUUCCUAACGAUGAUGAAAACAAAUUGCAGUAUGGAAUUACUGAUAAAUUAAUUGAAGAAUACAAUCAUAGAAUUGAAAACAAAUAUUUAAUGAUGACAAGUGAUGAAUCAUCUCCGGAGAAGACUUUUGAUGAAACAGACAUGUCUAUUUUCCUCUCUACCAUGUAUAGUGAUCAUAGUGGUCUUUCUCUUCAUAAAUAUCAAAAAGAAGGAGUCAUGUGGUUAUUGAAAAAUUAUUUGGAAAAGAAGAAUGUCAUACUUGCAGAUGAUAUGGGUAUUGGCAAAACCGUUCAAGUCAUUUCAACUAUUAAUUAUUUAAUGAAUUUUGAAAAUAUCAAAGGACCUUUUCUCAUUGUAGUACCCAAAUCUAUUCUAGGAAAUUGGGUCAAUGAAUUUAAAAAAUGGCAACUUGAAACAAUCAAUGUUCUUGCAUAUUAUGGAACUAUUGAAAAGAAGAGAGCUCUACAAAAAUAUGCUAUAUUUUUAGAUGAAUCGAUUCAAAAUAGAUAUCUAUUACCUAAUGUUGUAAUUACAACAAAAGAAUCAAUUACUCGACAACAUUUAUUUGACACAAUCCAUUGGAAAUAUGUAGUGAUUGAUGAAGCUCAUUUCCUAUCGAAUCAAAAUAGUAAGGUUUACAAAAAGAUGAAACUACUCAAAGCUGAAGCCAUGCUUUUACUCACUGGAACUCCACUUCAAAAUAAUUUAACACAAUUUUUUUCUCUAUUGAAAUUUUUAAAUCAAACAAAACCUUUCAACGACUCUCUCAAAGAAUUCAAAAAAUUAUAUGAAUCGAAUAUCAAGGAAUUUGGGUCAAGAAUCAAAGAAAUAAUGCUUAGAAGAAGCAAAGAAGAAGUAUUAAAUAAUGUCAUCAAACCCAAAGAAGAAUAUAUUCUAUUAUUAGAACCCACUCCUCUUCAAGAAGAUUGUUUUCGAGUGGUAAGAGAAGAAAUGGAAGAAGAAGAAAAUUCAGAGAAUACUCUUCAACAUGUGAUUGAUUGUAUGAAAAUUGCAAAUCAUCCUUUUAUUUAUUUGUUAGAUAAGAGUGAGAAUCGAGUUUUCAAUCAUUCUCAUCGUCAUUCCUAUCAUCAUUCAUCGAUGGAUCCAAUCUUUAACUCUCACUACUAUUCUAAAUUUCUCUCUACUCUCACUCGUGAAUUCAUGUUAAAGAAAGUGAUUCAAACGAGUAGCAAAUUUAUUGUAUUAGAUUAUUUACUUGAAAAACAUUUCAUUGAACAAAAUAAGGUGGUUAUAUUUAGUCAAUAUACUACCACACUUGACAUGAUUGAAUAUUAUCUCAUUUGUAAGAAUUAUCGAUAUCAGAGAUUAGAUGGAAGCAAAUCCAUGGAAGAACGUGAAAUUUCUAUUGAAAGCUUUCAACAUGAAAAUUCUCAAGAUUUUGUAUUUCUCUUAAGCACAAAAGCAGGUGGUUUGGGAUUGAAUUUAGUCUCUGCCAAUGUUGUCAUUGAAUUUGACAUGAUGUGGAAUCCACACAAUGAUGAUCAAGCGACGAAUCGAUGUCACCGAAUUGGUCAAACAAAAACAGUUUAUGUUUACAAAUUUUUGAUAAGAAAUUCUAUUGAAGAAAAAGUAUUAGAAUUUGCUCAUGAAAAGCUCACAAUGGCCACUAAAGUAUCUUCUCAUAUGAAAAGAAAUUCAUCCAUUGAUGUUGAUUAUUAUAAUAGCAAUAUCCUAAGUAGAAUGAAAAAUAAGGAAUUGAAAGCAAUUUUACAACAAAAGAAGAAACACAAAGAUUAUUAUUCCAUCUCAACCAUGUAUACUCAAUGGAAUGAAUAUGAUUAUCAAAGUCAAUUUCUGAAUUUAACUUUGGAUCAUGUAUUUACAUGGUACAGCAAGGAUGAUAUUCAAUCUCUCAUUUCCAUCUAUCAAAAGUAUCCCAAUAUUGAAUACUUGUUGAAUAACAACAAUGUGAAGAAUACAAACAAUGAGAAACGCAAUCGUCCACACCAUCAUUCUCAAUCUCGUUCACAUCAUCAAUCUCAUCGAUGGAAUCACUGGAGUGGAGAUUUAAUUCACAUUUAUCAUUCAAAAUUUUUAGAAGAAAUGUUAAUAGAAUUGAAUGAUAAGAUUGUGUCCAUGACAUUAAAUCAUCAUGGGAAAUCUCUACAAGGUAAAAUGAUGGCACAACAACACUCAUCAUUCAGCACCUCAUUUUGCAACAUUGAGAAUGUCAAUGAUUUUCUCGUUACUCCAUUUCGUACAUUCCUUCAAAUACAUGAAUAUUAUACAGAUGAAGAUUUUGAACAAGUUUUAAAGAGUGGAUGUAAAUCAACAAGGAAUAGACAAUUUCUAGAAACUCUAACACCACUCUUGUCUCAAGAAGAAUUAGAAAUACUCUUUGACAAGUAUUUGGAUUUGAAACACAUGGUUGAGAAAAUUCAAGAAUUAACUCUUUGUCAUGAAAUUUCUGAUCGUGACUAUCUGAAACAAAUGGUUCAAUUAUUAUUAGAAUUAGGUGAAUGUGUGUCCAAACAUUUCCACAAACCUUAUCAUGUCAAACAAGUGUGGGAAUUUAUUCAAAAACAUUUGAACAUUACGGAUGACAUGUAUCAAGUGUAUUUGUCAGUCAUGGAACAAAGAAAAGAAGGACAUCCAAAUUACUCAAACAAGACCUCCAAUCAUUCAAGGAAGAAGAAAUUGUCGAAGAGAUGA